GCGCCAAUCACAUAUCCGUUUGACCAAACCUGCACAAGCAAUCGAUCUUCCGGGAUGAAAGUGGUGCAGAAUUUCCCUUCUGGCUACCGGAUAAUUUUAUAAAAUCCAAUCACCUUCCGAAAAUGAACUUGAUGCAAAAAAUGUAUCGAAAGCAUUUCGAGAGAUUGGGUUACAACUUCCUCAUGAAAUCUACAAAGCAAGAAAACUUCGCAGAUACGCAGGGAAUUUUACUAGCUUACAAAUACUGGUGUCGGCCCGAAGAAGUAAACGAGAUUGCAUAUGACGCAACACAUGCACCAAAAGAACUGCGCGUCAACAUCCCGCUGACGAACCUUGCGGAAUUUGCUGAAGCGUUCCACUGUAGUCCAGGAUCGCCAAUGAACUCAGCAGUAAGGAGACAACGCAUAUUUCUUUGA